UUUUCCCCUCCUAUCCCAGAAUGCAUCUGUGGUGUAGCCAGACCUUACUCCACAGUGCUGUGGAGAUAAAGCUGGCAAUAUGAGACUACUGUUUUCGUAAGUUGAAACGUAAUCUCUAGGACAUUAAUAGGACAAAGGAAAGGAAACAAGGGUAGAUUGGAUAGAGAGACAGUGGGAGAAGCAGGGUUACAGAGAAAGUGAUGCAGAUGAUGUGUGUGAGCACGCAUGUGUGUGAUGUGCAGAGUGAGGGAGGACGGGCAUCAGAGUCAAACAGGGACUGAGUGCAGCAUGGGUUAAGUGCCCAAGACAAAUUAACCACGAUGUGGGACAAUAAAGUUAAUCUUGAAUCUUGAUAAGACUUUCAAACAGACACAAGGUUGUGCCAUGGGGGCCUGCUACAGCCCAUAAUAUGCAGGUCUGUUUCUGGAAAAAAAUGGGAAGAAGAUUUUGUCUUAAACCAGGAAAAGAAUGCCUACCUCAAAUACAUUAGGCUCGUUCGAGAAGAACUGCGCCUCGCCUGUAAAGUGGACGAGACCAGGCGGGAGCAGCCGGGGGCGGUGACAAGAAGCCGCGGUCAAGUUGGACACGUUUUCCAUCAGCCUUCAAAGCAUAUAAAGGAAGUCCCACGCAUGUUUACAUCCUGUUUGAUCAUCUGUAGGCUACCUGUAGUUUGCAGACAUGGUUGAGGAAAUCGCAUAUGUGUUUUUGAUGGCUGAGUAAAUUGAAUAUGAAGAGAUGCCCCUUCUUAUCCACGAUGAUGGACUUCAACAGGGAAGGUUGGUUCCAAAAAUACCACAUUUUGUUGAAGUCGUACCUUUGUACAAUGUGACUGACUUUAAAAGUCAUUUCAGACUGUCGAGAGGACAAGUAGAGGAUGUAAUGACGAUGGUGGGACCAUUCUAUACAAACAGACAGCAUACCAAGUUGCCUGUAACCCACACUGUUCUUGCCUGCCUGUGGACUCUAGCCAACCAGGCUACUAGUCGUAUAGAGGUGUUACAGACAGAUUUCAAAAUCCACCAUGUCAACCCAUCUCCAUCACUUCUGUUCCCUGGUCAACACACAUCUGUCACAUCACAUUUCAUGGCCCACAGGGGAAGCACUUCACAUAUCGCAAUUACAUUUUCAAACAACAGGAAACAGUUUUACUCCAUCAUUCUCACCGGAUUCUGUGACAGCGAGCGCCGCUUUUGUCAUGUCAAUGUAGGUCACCCUGGAAGUUGGCACGAUGCAAGAGCAUUUCGAUACACUGAUGUAGCACGGCAACUGGAAUUGAAUCCUCAGGCCCUGGUACUAGAGGGAAUGCACAUCAUUGAUGAUUCAGCCUACCCUUUGUCGCUACAUUUGAUGAAGCCCUACAGGGAUAACGGGCACCUUACUGUUAGGCAAAGGCACUUUAACAGAAAGCUCAAUGCAGCUCGUGUGGCCAUUGAGCAUGCAUUUGGCAUCUUAAAGUCAAAGUUCAGGAGGCCUCAAGUGUCUGCACGUGAAAGAAGUGGCAAACAUCAGUGCAGCAGUCACAACAUGUUGCAUUCUACACAUUUGUUUAGAUUCUGGUGACCGGGUUGAUGAAGAUGAGCACGAUGAGUCUUCUUCAACAGGACAUUGAGGAUCCACACCCACCACAGCCCAACAACCUUGAUGCCUUCCAUUACAGAGACAUGCUUUGUGCCCACCUUUAAGGAUAACAUACACUUUAGUUUACAGUCAUACCCCCUUUUUUCCCCCUCUUUCAUUUACAUUUUUGUGAGCUGAUGUGCAGUAUGCCACAGGGUGAUGUGAGGCACCUCAGGUCAAAUGCCAAGUUCAAAGUAGUAAUACAAUGUUGCAAUGUUUUAAAAAGGCUCUAAGGAGGGUUGCAGCAAAUGUGUAAGAGUCAUUAUAACCAAUUUAAUGACUUUAACUUUUGAGACGGUUACCUUACAGUUUUAAUCCUAAGGCAUUUUGAUUUGAAGUGCCUCUACAUCAUCAAUACUUCUGCUGUGCCUCAGAGUGGCAGCUCAUGGUAACUGGGUGGUAGGGCUGCUUUUUUCAUGCUGAAUGACUUAUUUCCAAGAAACGUACGAGCACAUCUCUGGUAAACACAAGAAUUAAA